CUGAGGGCGACAAAAUCCCACGCCUUACGUCCUCUCUGCUGACUUGAAGUUGGUGACGUCCCAGGAAAACAAAGAUGGCAGGGAUAGGAAGCAGCAACUACUGGGAGGAUCUGAGAAAGCAGGCCAGGCAGUUGGAGAAUGAACUUGACCUGAAAUUGGUCUCCUUUAGUAAACUGUGCACCAGUUACAGCAGCUCUAGGGAUGGACGUCGAGGAGAGACUUCGGACACCACGCCCCUGCUAAAUAACUCAACCCAGGACAGGAUGUUUGACACCAUGUCAGUUGAGAUUGAACAGCUGCUGGCAAAACUCACAGGAGUGAACGACAAGAUGGCAGAGUACACCAACACCCCGGGAACAGCUUCUCUCAAUGCUGCACUCAUGCACACUCUCCAGAGACAUCGGGAUAUUCUACAGGAUUACACUCACGAAUUUCACAAAACCAAAGGCAACUUUCUGGCCAUCCGGGAAAGGGAAGAUCUUUUAGGAUCUGUCAGGAAAGACAUUGAAACAUAUAAGAGUGGCUCAGGAGUCAACAACAGAAGAACAGAGCUGUUUCUAAAGGAGCAUGAGCAUCUUAGAAACUCAGACCGGCUGAUGGAUGACACAAUAAGCAUUGCAAUGGCGACCAAGGAGAACAUGACCUCACAGAGGGGCAUGCUGAAAUCCAUACACAGCAGGGUGAACACUCUGGCCAAUCGUUUCCCAACUAUCAACAGUCUCAUCCAGCGAAUCAAUCUGCGAAAGAGAAGGGACUCCCUCAUCCUCGGCACUGUGAUCGGCGUCUGCACCAUUCUCCUCCUGCUCUACGCUUUCCACUAACCUCCCCUGUACAGACGAUUUCUAACAAGGCAGGACUCCUCUGCUCUUUGUAGCAUACGAACCCUCACCUCCUCCCCAGAGACGGCGCUCGGUGAUCGAAGGACCACGGAGGUUCCAGAGCAGAGAGACAUUUAGUUGGUCCUGUUCUAGGACAGGUCCAGAUUUGGCCAAUACGUUCCCACUGAGCCAGCAUUUAACGAGACAGAUUUAGAGCUUGUGGUCUCUUCUUCUUCUCCCUCUUCUUCUCCUUAUUCUUCUUCUUCUUAUACCCACAAGGAAAUGGAGACCAAAAGUACAAGUGAGACCAGUUAAUUUUUGUUUGUGGACAAACUUUGUGCUUUUUUUCUAAGAUCAGAGACUAAAGCUGUCUUGUUUUAAUAAGGAGGUCGAUGGAUUUUCUUUUUCGGUUAUUUUUAAUGAUUUUGGGGGAGUCAUAAUUCAUUGUAAGCUGUAAAAUGUGAAUUAAUAAAUUAUUCAUAUCAGUAUGUGCUUUUAAAAAA